UGACUGUAUUUGCUUGGACUGUUUGUACAAUUCAACUCAGACGGUCCCUCCCAGUGUGCCUGUAAUUGGCCGCUAUUACUUUAAUUAAGUCUGUUAAUUCGAUGCCAUACUACGUACGCACGGCUCCUAGUCUUUGAACGCAGAAUGCAGUCRUACAGACACAAUACAAAAAGUCCGCUUUCUUGUGUCUCGGCACAAAGGCAGUAACUGCAGGGCAUCGUCCUGCUGUGUCGAUAUCUUGUAGCCUACUUCAAAGAACCUCUCUUGAAUAGCCAGUCGACCUGUGCUAGCUAUAGCCCCAGUGGAGCAUCGUCUCUUCUCUCUGGCCUAGAUUCAAACGAAGAAAAAGAAAGAAAGAUACGCUAUGUUCAUUUCUUGGUUUUCACCUUUCAAGUUCUCUUUCUUGUUCUUUGCAGUACGUGGCUACGUCCAAACAUCUACAGCAUCUCCGUGGUCAGCAAAACCAUCAUUUGAUCAGUUUGUAUCGAAAGAAAGAGGUCGAAGCGAUCUGAGAAGUCUUCCUUUCUUAAGAGAAACACAGUUGUAUUCUCGUUCAAGUCGGGGACAUUUGCGAAUCCUAGGCAGGAAGAUCGACGCAGUUGGAAGAGACGGAGACCCUUACGCAAAGUUAAUCGUUGAAUCGGAUAAYUUUGGCCGUGUCAAGAUCAAAGGCGCUAAGACCAGCUACUAUCUUUGCGUUAAGAAAAAUGGUCGUCUUAUUGGAAGGAAGAUUUCAAAAGCCACCAAAUCCAAAUGCGUAUUCUACGAAAGAUAUGCAUCGAACUCAUUUACAGAGUUCGCCUCUGCAUUCAGGCCACAGUGGUUGAUAACAGUGUCCAAGAAGGGCCACACUAGACCAGGAUUUAAAGGACRAAGUGGCCAAAAAUCUGUACAGUUUAUCCAGAGACCCACCCGCAUCAUUAUCGAGACAGACAAUGUUGGACAGUCAUUUGUCGACGGGCUGAGUCAACAUAUUGCGCAGCUUUUGCGGAAUUUUAGAGYGCAGGUUGGAUCCCGUCGUCCUCCUGGACUUUACGUUUCAAAUAAGCGCCAACUUGAAAUAGGACGCUCAAAGAAUGUARAAAAGGAUACCACGAAAGAGAGGACGCGAAAAAAAGAGAAGAGAAGGAAGAGAAAGAGGAAGUUACGAUUAUCGAAGAAGAGGCUUAAGAAGGAAUUAAAGCAGAUGAGAAAGAAAAUGACAAAGAAAAAAGACCCGAGUAAUUCUUAAAAUCCAGUUGUAACAUUGGUCUCUUGGAGUUGGAUCAGCGCGGCGCGAUGCGUAUUYCAUCAAAUUACACUGCUUUAUAGAAUACCCAUCGCUUUACUUGUUGAUAUGCAACAGAUAUAAAAAAAACUUAUACUUAUACUUCUUUCCAAAGCUAAGAAUAAGGCUGCAGGGUUGCGUAAGGUUGAAUGCCUGAUUUUAGGGGAGGAGGGGAGCGCAAAUUCACAUGAAUUCAAUCUCACCACGAUGUCAUUUACUUAUGAUACGGGGGGAUAGUGGGAGGGGGAUUCAGAAACUCAAAUAGCUUGAAAACUUGUCUUAAAUCAUGCCUUAAUUUAAAUCAUGGCUUUAAUUUAUAUUCUAAUAAGACGCAAUGUUAAAUCCGCUCAAUUAACAUUCUUGUUGUUAGGUAGCAUUUUCCAUCUUUCACGGUAUUUUUUGUACAUAUGUGACUAUUUAGACUGACCGUUCGCACAAAUACUAUAGUAUAAUUACCUACCAGACUUGUGUGCAUCGCCAUAUGACACGUUAAUCAUUAAACGAGAAAGUGGGAAGAGUGAAAAAGGUCGAAGUAUUCUCUCUCGCCAUUGUUCUACACGAUUGAUGUUAAUGCCAUCUUUCUCCGACUCUUGUYUGAUGGUGUGAACAGCUAGUUUUAUAUACAGUUAUUUCAAAAAAAGUUGUUGAAGGUUUUGUUGCCGGCUGCAUACCAUGUCUGAAAUGCACUAUGGGCGAUGUUUUGCAGUCAGCAAAARGUAACAACGAUAUGGAAUCUUAACGAACUUAGUCUGCACGUUUUCUAGGCAUAUUUCCUUGAAGCUUAGUAAGCAACUUGCAGCACGCAACAACCUUUCUUUGAAAUAGAGGUAUACUUUAUUACAGUUUGCGCACGCAGAGUGAGCAAUAAUUAUUUGCUGCUUAUUCAAGUUUCCCAGUAACCGUCACAGAACGCUCGCUUCAACUUACACGUUCAUAUCCACCAUGACGCAUGCCUUGGUUAGGUGUAUAUAYGUUUAACAGCGUUAUAAAUGAAUUGCUCUCGCAACAUAAAAAGAAUAUUAAAAAAUAAACAUAUUGCAUUGGU